AUGGCGGAGAGCAGAGACUGCGGCGGACAGAGGCAGGGCUUUCGGAAAACCUCCAGAGGUCGGGUGAAACUUGAAAAAGUUCUGGGCGUGAGCACGAGCAGCAGCGGCGCCCUGGCGUCCGACCCCAACUCUGGCCUGGUGGCCUAUCCCGCAGGGUGCGUGGUGGUGCUGCUCCAUCCGCAGCUCAAAACGCAACGUCACAUCAUCAACACGUCCCGAAAACCUUUCAGUGCUUUGGCGUUCUCUGGCGACGGGAAACAUCUGGUCACGGGAGAGAGCGGUCACCUGCCACGCGUGCGCGUGUGGCAGGUGGACGGCGGCGCGGAGACGACCGGCGUCCAGAAUCACAAGUUCGCCGUCUCCUGCGUGGCCUUCUCCCCCGACGGCGCUUACGUGGUCUCCGUGGGUUCCGCGAACGACGCGACCGUGUGCGUCUGGGACUGGCGGAGGGGCUCCAUCCUGGCGUCCAAUAAAGUGUCCAGCGACGUGUCGGCAGUCUCCUUCUCUGAAGACGGCGGCUACUUUGUCACCGCCGGGAAAAGGCACGUCAAAUUCUGGUACCUGGACAUCUCCGAGGAGCGGCGGGUCAACGGCACCGUGCCGUUGAUGGGUCGCUCGGGCCUGCUGGGCGAGCGGCACGAGGACAUCUUCUGCGGGGUGGCGUGCGGCCGCGGCCCGACGGCCUCCUCCACCUACGCCGUUACGGAGACGGCCCUUCUGUGUCGCUUUGACGCCGAGCGACGUCUGGAAGCCCGAGUGCGCCUGGAGGCCGCGUGCGCUCGCAGCUUGGCCGCCGCCGCCGACUUUGUCUUCUGCGGCUGCUCCGACGGGGCGGUACACGUCUUGGAUCCGGUGGACCUGCGCUACCUCGCCACUUUGCCCUGCCCGCACCAUCUGGGGGCGGAGCUCACAUCGCACAGGCAUCUGGACGGCGGGCGGCGCGGCCCGUAUCCUGACGCGGCGGCACUGACCUUUGACCCCGCCGCCCGCCACCUGACGUGCGUGUACUCGGACCGCAGCGUUUACGUUUGGGACGUGAGCCGGCCCCGGUCGGCCGCCGCGGUCUACUCGGCCGUCUACCACGCCGCCGCCGUCUGGAACGUUCAGGUCUGUCCGUCGCCGUCGUCCUCCUUUCUCACGUGUUCGUCAGACGGCACUGUCAGGCAGUGGCUCCCCGACCUCUGCGGGAAGGUAACGAACGCGUCCGUCCGUCCGUCCGCCGCUCGCGGGAGGAAGGUCGACCCGCCGUUUUCGUCCUUCCGUCAGGACCUGCUGCGGAGCUUCCGCGCGGCGGAUGAUCGCUCGCGUCCGCAGGCGGCGCGACCGGAGCUCCGAGCGCUGGCCGUGAGUCCCGACGGGCGGCGGCUGGCCACCGGAGACCGCUGCGGAAUCCUGCGUAUCUAUGACUGGGAAUUCCUGGAGGAGCUGGUCAAAAUUGAGGCUCACGACUCGGAGAUUUUGGCUUUGGAGUUUUCGCCGAUGUGCGCGGGCGCGAAUUUGCUGGCCAGCGCCGGCAGGGACCGUCUCAUCCGCGUCUUCAACGCGGACGCGGGCUACCGGUUGGAGCAGACCCUGGGCGACCACUCGGCGGCCGUGCUGGCCGUCAAGAUCGCAGGUGACGGCACGAGCCUUCGCAUGGUGAGCUGCGGGACCGACAAGAGCGUCUACUUCUACUCGUGGGAGCGGACGGGGCGGGCCGGGUCCUUUCGCAGGACGCGGCACUUGGUGGAGAAGACGGCGCCGCACGACAUGGACCUGGCGGCGUCCGGGACUCACGUCGCCGUCGCCUGUCAGGACAGAAUGGUCCGGGUAUACGACGUGAAGACGGGAAAGCUGAGCAAAUGUUUGAAAGACACGAGCGGCUGCGAAGGAGCGCCGCUGAAGGUCCACGCGGAUCCGUCCGGUUCCUUGCUGGCCACCGGCUGUUCCGACAAGAACGUCCACAUUUUUGAGUACCGGUCCGGAGAGCGCCUCGCCACCCUAGCGGGACAUUCAGAGCCGGUGACCGCCUUGAGGUUCGGCGAGGACCGCCGCUACCUGACGAGCGCGUCGGGAGACGGGUGCGUGUUGGUGUGGCGGCUGGACCCUCGCGCCCCCGCCGCCCUCUCGACCGAGGAGCUCGCCCGGGAGAAGAGCGCCGUCGUCAGGCGGGAAACCUUCAUCGUCGGGCCGGCUCCCCGGACGCCGGAGCUCCCGUCGUCGUCGUCGUCCCUGCUGGAGCCCGAAGGUGAAGGACCUCCCUCCAUACGCACCAACGGGAAGAUGCCCGCCUGGUUCCGAAAACUGGCUGGGAUCGGUGCCGCGGCUCGUCGGUUCGACGUGUCUAUUUUGUGCUUUCAGCAGGGAGAGCCGUUGACCUCUACCUACGUCCCGCCGGAAGCGGAAAGCGCUCCGGUUCGGAAUCGCUGGUUGGAAAACAGUCCUCUGGUGGUAUUGCCUGCGCCCGCAAAUAAUGUCGACGACGACGACGACGAUGACUUCUAUCCGCAGACUCUGGAAGGGCUCCUUACGGAAGACGAAGACCAGGAGCUUGAGAGUGCGGCGAGAGACGGCGACGAACGGACCGCGGCGGAGGAUGUCGACGGGGAUGCGCCGGUCGGGACGAGCCCGGACUCGUUCCGCGCGGACGGGGCGGAGGCGGACGCGGGCCAAGAUUUCCUUCUCCGACCGCCGCUCGCCGUCUGCCGGCGCUUCCUGUCGCGUUACGGACAUCGUCUCAGGUGGGAGGCUCCUCCUUCUUUGCAUUCUUUGGCCGCCAAUGACGGCGUGCGAACGGUCGUGGCGUUGUAA